AUGCUUCAAUUAGAGAGGGUCUCCCAAUCAUACAAAGAAAUAGAGUCGGAAAUAGAGACAUCGGUGGCGGUAGAGCUUACAUCUCAAGACUUGGAGGUGCCUUUUCAGUUUACUUUUGAAGCGGUCCGCCCGAACAUAUUUCGAACCACCUUUACUUCGUCCAGCCAUCCGCUUCCGCCGUAUCCGUCAGUCAUUCAACCGCAGACAAGGCUCAACCAUGUCCACACUCGCACCUUACCAACAAAGGACUCGUCAAGUCGCCAUUUUGAGAUUGGGGACAUCAAAGCCUCAGUGGCGUGGAAGCAUACCCCCGUUGUAUCGUUGGGCUGGCUUAACUCGCCAGAGCCACUCCAUUCAGAUCUGGAAUUUCGAUCUUAUGCUGUCGAUGGCCAGGGAAUAGCCCACUAUACGCAACAUGAUCGAAAGGCUCUCCAUGUCGGUUUGGGCGAGAAAGCCGCGCCCAUGGACCUCACUGCGCGCUUUUUUCAGAUCUCCGCCACGGAUUGUUUCGGCUAUGAGGCCUGGGACACCGAUCCCAUGUACAAACACAUGCCUCUACUCAUCAAGGCCACACCUCAGGGCUGCGUUGCCAUGGUGUCGUCCAGCCAUAGUCGAGGGUCCUGGGCCGUUGGUUCCGAGAUCGAUGGUCUCUGGGGCCAUUUCAAAGUCUACCGACAAGAUUAUGGCGGACUUGAAGAAUACCUCGUUGUGGGACGAACCCUGAAGGAUGUGGUACGAAGUUAUGCCGAACUCAUUGGAUUCCCCUUGCUGGCGCCCAGGUGGGCCUUUGGCUAUUGUUCUGGAGGCUACAAAUACACCAUGGGUGAUGAUCCUCCCGCCUACCAACAGCUCCUCGAAUUUGCAGACAAGCUCAAGGAACAUGGCAUACCUUGUUCAGCACAUCAGAUGUCAAGUGGCUACUCCAUCGCCGAGACCGAGCCUCGGGUCAGGAACGUAUUCACCUGGAACAAGCACCGUUUCCCAAACCCGGAGAAGUGGAUCGCGCAGUAUCAUGCUCAAGGAAUUCGACUCUUGACCAACAUCAAGCCCUUUUUGCUCGCAUCACACCCCGAUUAUAAAUAUCUGGCGGACAACGACGGGUUGUUUACGGACCCUCACUCCCAGAAGACCGCUGAAAUGCGCCUGUGGAGCGCGGGGGGCGGUGAAAGUGGUGCGGGUAGUCACAUUGAUUUCACGUCAGCGGCCGCGUACGAGUGGUGGGUUCGCGGAGUCGAGAAGCUGAAAAAGCAAGGCAUCGAUGCGAUGUGGAACGACAAUAAUGAGUAUACUCUACCUCACGAUGACUGGCAGAUGCGUUUGGACCCAAUCGUUCCCAGCAGAGGGAAGACUCCCAACAAAGUGGGUCUUUUUGGGCGUGCGAUGCACACGGAGCUGAAUGCGAAGGCGUCGUAUGAAGGACUCUUGAAGGCCGAACCCGGAGUUCGACCGUUUGUUUUGACGAGAAGCGCCAGCAUUGGAACCCUGAAGUACGCGUGCUGUUCGUGGAGUGGCGACAACAUGACAAGCUGGGAGAGCAUGAAAGCAGCCAAUGCGCUGUCACUAAAUGCAGGGGUCAGUCUGAUGCAGUUUUAUGGCCACGACAUUGGGGGAUUCGAAGGGCCUCAGCCUUCUCCUGAAUUGCUGCUCCGUUGGGUUCAACUUGGAUGCCACCAAAUCCGCUUUGCCGUGAAUUGUUUCAAGACGUCGCCCUCAGAUAAUCAGGCGGGGGAGGUCAUUGAGCCAUGGAUGUAUCCAGAGAUCACCCCUUUGAUCCGAGAUGCCAUCAAGAGGAGAUAUGAAAUCAUGCCAUACAUAUAUUCUCUUGGGCUCGAGAGCCAUUUGACCGCAAGCCCUCCGCAACGCUGGGUCGGGUGGGGAUACGAGUCAGAUCCCGAGGUAUGGACCAAGAAACUGAAAGCUGGCGAUGAGCAAUACUGGUUUGGAGACACUCUAUUGAUCGGAGGCGUGUACGAGCCUGGCGUCGCCACGGCGAGGGUAUAUCUUCCUCGAGCGCCUUCGGAAGAGGGAUUCGAUUAUGGAUAUGUCAACCUCAACGCACCACACCAGUAUCUCGCCUCGGGCCAAUGGGCGACGAUCGCUUCACCGUGGAGGGAUAGCAUUCCGAUACUCGCCAAGAUUGGUGGGGCGGUGCCGGUCGGGGAGAGUGUACAGACUCGAAUGCCCGGCGAUACCCAGCACGAAGGCCAGUCCCUUCCGGAGGACGACUAUCGAGGCAUCGAGAUCUUCCCACCCAAAGGUAGUUCGCACGGACGGACAUUCGCCACAACAUGGUAUGAAGAUGAUGGGCUGUCACUGCAUCCGAACAUCUCUUCAUUUACCGUGUCAUACAGCGCGACAGAAGAGAAGGUUACUGUGGCAUUGACUCCGAAUCUGGAGAACGUCUUCGUCCCGCCCUGGAAGGAGGUCGUUUUCAUUUUGCCACGUGGGGACGAGAGAUAUAUAGAAUCGGCCAAGGGCAUGGCCAUGGAGCGCCUUGAGUCCCAAAGCUGCGGAAGGGUCCGCUAUAAAAUGCAGGUUCCGGAACUAGACGGACAGGCUUGGUGCAAUGGGUAUCAUGACUAG